AUGACAACUUCUUCAGCCAGAGACACUUGUUUCGCUCAGGAUGUCGCAAAAAAUGACGAUCACGCAGAUCUUUCCUUCCAGUCCCGCCCUCCCCCUAUUAGCCGCUCUUCAACCUUCACCCGUCAAAAAUCCUCGCUUGACCAUCACCUCAGCAAUCCUUUUGAUAUGGAGAGUCCAUUCCAGUCAUUCCCGUGGGAUAAUAACUUCUCGCCAUUUUUCUCUGUUACUAAUAGGUUCGAGAACGACUUGAGUGGGCGGCUUUAUUCUCCAUCUCUGUCUACAUCCCGCAAUAGCUAUGAGGCCUAUCCUUUUACUACUGUAACUUCAGCCCCAGCCCCAGCUUCCACAACUGCGUCAACGGACGCACGCGACUUUGAGACUGCAUUCUGUCGCGAUUUUUAUUGCUGUGGUACAACCUUAUGUGAUUUACAUGACCUUCUACAACACUAUGAGGAGUGCCAUGUACGGUUCGAAGAGGAAAAUGAAGACGACGAGGGUGACUUUCUAGAUGAAGACGACCUCUUUGGAAGUGGUUCCUCUGGCGCAGACUCUGAAUACUUUGAUGAAGAGGGUUGCUGGAGUGAGCCCGAUUCUGCCCCGGUUAGUCCUUCCCUCUCCACAUCUCCACCUUCGUCUCUGUCAACAGCACGAGAGAGUGGCAGCAGUAGCAGUAGCAGUAGCAGUAGCAGUAGCAGUAGUCGGAGUACAAGUGUGCCCAGAAAUGAUAGCGGUGCCGCAGCCGUUGCUGCAGGAUCGAAUGCAAAUGCACGCUUGUUGAAAUCUGUACACAACCCCCCAUCAAUGAUGUUACACACCCAACAACAUCAACAUCAACAACAUCAACAGCAUCAACACCAACAUCAGCAUCACAAUCCUCGGCAGACACGACACCCUUAUCCAUAUUCUGGUUUCAACAAUCCCACAACAUCUGCUCUCCAAGCCCUCUCUGCGCCGUAUGGGGGCAUUGAUGGCCACAGUGGGCUGAACAAACGAAAGGCUGGGGUCUCUUUAGCUGAUCUAUAUGUCGGAGGCAAUGGAUUUGGGCCUGGAGAUACUACAGCUACAUCGUCAAACAUAGCCCUGCAGGCCUCUACUGCUGCCGUCACCACUAAUAAUCAUGGAGAAGGAAGCAACGUAGGUUUUGAGGCGACCAUCCCGUUUGCCAAACGUCAAACUCUUGAAUCUAACCGCCCGACUGGCCCGUCUAUGUUUAUGUCAGCAACAACAGCUAAAUCAGCGAUAGCAGCGGCUACACAUCUAUUUGCCACUAACAGGACAGUCUCUGAGAUGUUUCCUGGCGUAGUCAUGGGUGGAGAUGGCAAGCCAAUUGGACCAUUAUCCAGUGGCAAACAUUUAGCACUAUUUAACGAAACCCUCAGCCGAGGAGGAGUAACAAUAGGGGAUAGAGCGAUACCCUUGGCCCACAAUACUGCGCAAGGUGCCGUCGACUGGCUGCAUCGUCAUGAUGAUGUCUUUAAUAUUCUUGAAGACAUGACCAAGGUGCCCAAUCCCUCAGACGAAAACAAGCCGUACAGGUGUACUAUUCCCGGUUGCGACAAGGCCUACAAAAACCCCAAUGGUCUCAAAUAUCAUAACCAACAUGGCCAUAGUUCCGCAAAUUUAGGCGAUGCAGACAAUCCAGAGGCACGUCCCUAUGUCUGCACGUUCCUUGAAUGUGGUAAACGAUACAAGAACCUGAAUGGACUCAAAUAUCAUAUCGAACAUACACAUCCAAAUCUAAUUGCAGCCUUGAAGGCACAUCAAGCUGGACUCACAAACCAUCCACUGCUGAUCAAUGGUGCUUAUGUGAACCAUCAGGCAGCUGCUAUGACGAUGGCAGCUGCCUUAACAGCAGUGGAGGUAAGUCCGGUCAUGGCACUGGCAGCAAACGCAAUUUUGACUGCUCAUGCAGCUGUUACAGGCUCCGAGAGCACAACAGGAUCGAUUGAAGGUGUCUCAGUUUCGGAAGCCGAUUCAGCCAUGACUUCAGUACCCAUGACUACCGCACCAGCCAUCACAAGCACACCGUUAGGUCAAACUUUUGCGACAGCUCCUUUUCCUUCAGCAUUAUUAGCAACUAAUAGUGCCGUCCAAGAGUCAAACACCGCUGCUAAAGCAUAG